AUGAUUCCCUCACUUUACGGACAGCUCACAACAACGGGCGUCAUCAGUGAUCCUCUUGUUCAGGCGGCUGCAGCUGCUUUGGCUGCUCAAUCGGCUGAUCCAGUUAUUGGCACAGGAUCACGUGAUACAACGUUCACGAAAAUUUUUGUUGGUGGAUUGCCUUAUCACACAUCAGAUAAAACGCUCCAUGAAUAUUUCGAACAAUUCGGUGAAAUCGAAGAGGCAGUCGUUAUUACAGAUCGACAAACGCAGAAAAGUAGAGGAUAUGGCUUUGUAACGAUGAAAGACAGAGCUGCCGCAGAACGUGCUUGCAAGGAUCCGAAUCCCAUUAUCGAUGGUCGUAAAGCCAACGUGAAUUUGGCAUAUUUGGGUGCAAAACCGAGGGGUAAUAUUCAGCUGGCUGGUAAGGCAAUCGAUCCAUCGUUGCAACUGAAUUAUAUGCGGGUUUGGGUGUGUUUUUUGUUGCAUGGUGUUUUUUUGCUCCUGUCGUUUCAACAGUUUGUUUCAGCGCUCUCUAGUGGACUUCAACAAUUACCACUUCAAACACAACUUCAGGCUCUCUUCCCCGGCCGCAUCGCCGGCCUUCCUCAACUCUACUAUCCUUCGAACAAUCCGUUGCUGAACACUCUGACUGGUCUACAACAAACGCCAACGACGAUCGCUGCAGUCCAACAACAGGUGGCCUCUUCGCAACCUCAGCAGCAAUACAUCGAUUACGCUACACUCGCUGCCGCUGCCGCUGCGGGAGGACAGAACACUUUCGCUAUUCACCCCACCGUCUCAACGGCGGGUACUACCGGCUUUGAGCAGUACGCGUAUACACCCUACGGUGUUCUACCGGCAAGCACUUAUGCUGCGCAACUUACAGCUGCACAAUCGCAACUUGCCGCUGUAACGCAGCAACAAGCCGCGGCGCUCGAACACCAGCGUGUUUGA